AUGGAAAAUUUGGUCGAUGUUCGAGAUGGCACAAAAUAUUUUGUACAAGUUGUUCAUAGUGCUCCUUUACUACUUUCAAUGAUUUUGGUUUUUGGAACAGAACAACGCCUUUUAUGUAUGGCACAUUUAAUUGGGGCAGAUUCAUUACCAUCAAAACAACAAUUGGAUGAAAAUUUGCAAUUUCUCCCAAAUAUUUCUCAUCCAGCAGCAGAUGAAAGGGCAUUUAUUGUUCUUAAUCGUGAUGGGGAUUUUGCUAUUUUAAAAGGGCGUUGGCAAGGAUUUGGUAUAAGCGGCUCUCCAGGCGCAUUAAACGUAGAACUUUUCAAUUUGCUGAGGAAUACUGUUCAAAAUUUCCAACUCCCUGGAGCGAAUGGAUCAACGGUCUUCAGCAUUGGAGAUGCCCAAGCCCAAUUAAAUGGUCGUAGAAUGCAUUGUCGUUCAACUCAGACAGCUGAACAUUUGGCUUGUAUUUUUGGAAUUGGCACACUUUUUAUUCUUUGCAACCCGGAUAAGGUACGCAGUGUAAAAGAUACCAACAAAAUUGGCCAUCAAUGUCAACGUUGGCCGAUGACUGUUGCAUGCGGCUAUGGUCGUUCAUUACCCACAAAUCGUUUAAUAAGUGCAGCACAAAGACAUCACCACGAUUUUGGCGGAACAGAAUUUUUGCCACUUUUGUUGAUGAAUAUGUGCAGUGGUGCUGAAGGGGGUGGUGGUGGUUGUGAUGGAGGGGGAGAUGGGGCUGGUGGUUCUGCAUGUGGUGCAUGCGGUGCUUGUGGAGCCUGUGGUGCUUGCGGCGGUUGCGGUGGUUGUGGAGGAUGCGGUGGAUGUGGUGGUUGCGGUUAA